AUGCACCCUUUUUGGUUUGGGUUUCGUUGCCAUUAGGUGCUAAAGCAGUCCAUUCUUAGAAAUGCUCACUCUGUCACUACCUUCACUGGAUAGAUUUCGAAGGAACUCUUCAGAAUGCCCAGUUUCAGGAAACUUUUUCUUCUGAAGAAAAAGGAAAUCAGAAAUUGCGAAAGCAGAAAAUGCUGUGAGCUGUCUCAAUAUUGAUCUCACCGCCUAUAUAUAAAGGAAUAAUAGUAACUUGAAUGUUUAAGCCACUUCCAAACUUCAAUCAAACUGUUCCGUAAAAUGGGAAAACUUAGCAGCUAUUUUGCUAUUCCCUUGAUCCUUGCAAUAGGAAAUGCAGUUUUUGUCACCUCAAGUGAUCCAGAUAUCCUGAAAGAUUUCUUGGUACCUCCAAGCCUUGAUCCCAACACCAUAACAAGGCAAUACUUCACAUUCACAGGCUUCAGACUUCUCAGGAAUGCCAAUCUAACAGGAAAAACGACAGCACUAGUGACCAAAGCGACAAUGAAAGAAUUUCCUGCCCUGGAAGGACAAGGAGUAUCAGUUUCUGCAAUAAUAUACCCUCCUUCAGGAAUGAACCUUCCACAUAUUCAUCCUAGAGCAUCUGAGCUACUGAUAGUACUCCAAGGGAGCCUACAAGUUGGGUUUGUGGACACGACAAACAAGCUCUUUACGCAAACUAUUGAAGCUCCUGAUAUGUUCAUCUUUCCAAAAGGACUAGUACAUUUCCAGGUGAAUAUGAGAAACGAUUCUCCUGCAUAUGCUCUCGGGGUAUUUGGAAGUGCAAAUGGGGGUACUGUGUCAUUGCCUAGUACUGUCUUUGGAAGUGGAAUACCUGCAGAAACACUUGCCAAGGCUUUCAAAACCGAUGAGGAGACUAUAUCCAAGCUAAUUGGGGCAAACGAGUAGCAUCAAAGUUAUCAUAGUUUCUUUUGUUUAAUUUCAGCUUCAAUAAUCAUAUAAUUUUGGCAUAUAUAUAAAGCAUUUGAAUGCAAUUAAGGAUGUACCUUUUCAAGCCAAUAGACCAGUUCAAAAUGGAUUUAACACA